AUGACUACUGUAUUCAACUUAGCCAAAGACACUGUGCUAUUUCUGUUGCUGUCCUGCUACUACAUCCUGGAGUCGAUAUUUUGGACCUUAGUGCCAAAUGCUUUAAGGCCUAUGAAAAGCCUCAAAGGAGAUGUGGUGCUGAUCACCGGAGGCGGAGGAGGGGUGGGGAGGCAGUUAGCCAUUAAGCUGGCAAGACUUGGUGCCAAGGUUGUUGUCUGGGAUAUUAGUGUGGAAGGGUUACGAAAAACUUGCAAAGCUGUUACAGACGAGGGCUAUAAUAUAGCCAGUUACGUAGUAGAUCUCGCGGACAGAACAGCGGUCUAUGCAACCGCUGAAAAAGUAAAAAAAGAAAUGGGCAAAGUAGAUAUUCUAAUCAACAACGCGGGCACGGUCUUUGGCUACACCCUUCUAGAACUCACGGACAAUGCCAUCGAAACUACGUACAAAGUCAACAUUCUCUCACACUAUUGGACAGUGAAGUCGUUUCUGCCGGACAUGAUAAAGUCGGGCAAGGGGCACAUCGUGACGGUGGGCUCGGUGGCGGGGCUGCUGGGCACGUAUCGAUGCACCGACUACAGUGCGACCAAGUUCGCCACCGUAGGUUUUCACGAGAGCCUAUUUACUGAACUCCGGGCACACGGUCACAACACGAUACACGCGACCCUCGUAUGCCCGUCGUACAUUAACACGAGUAUGUUCGACGGUGCCACCCCGCGCCUCGUGCACAUGCUCGAGCCGGACUAUGUGGCGGACACCAUGAUCGACUCCAUCCGCAAGAACGAGGUCAACUGCAUAAUGCCCGGCUCCGUCAGAUAUCUACUGCCGCUCAAAUGCCUGCUACCUGCAAAGAUGUGCUGGGAUUUAAUGAACCGAGUCAUGAAAGGCCCCCAAUCUAUGAUGGGAUUCGCUGCUAAACCAAAGGUUGCGUAA